CACACUCAGCACAGCACAACAUCCUCUCACAGAUACAACAGCAGAGAGAUCAAGCCGAUCCAAGCCAAUGGCAACCAAGAGCCUCCUUCUCGCCGCUCUCCUGGCCCGGAGGCGGGCAAGCAGCCUCCACUGGCGAUCGUCUCCAGCGUAAUGCUAUGCAGCACCGGGAACUCCAUCGACACGGCCGCGGCACCGCCGUUCCCGAACGCCGCCGUGCGGUUGGUGUGCGGCGUAACGUGAUGGCAAGCGUGACGGCGGACCGCACCGGAGCCUACACCAUGAACAUGGGUAGGGUCACCUCAUCGCUGCUCGCCCGCAACCAGUGCAAAGUGGUGGUGGUCACCCCAUUAGCCGCGUGCAACGCGUCCCUGGCCAACAUCACCGGGACGCUGGCCGCGCCGGUGCAGCUCGUGAGUAUUGGUGCUGACCUCCCUAUUAACAACGACGCCGAGAACCUCAUCGGCGGCAUCGUCUAGAUGCUCGACUACAACCGGCGUGUCGAACGACCAUAUGACGGACCUAAAUAAACACUGUGCGUACCAACCUACCAAUGUACCCAAUUGUCAACUAUCCUCGCUCUACUCAUGUGGUAUGUGUUACCGCUUCUAAGAAGCACAUAAGUAAAGCAUAUCGCCUAAUACUCUUGAGAGAGAGUCACGUGAUCGAUGUUCGUUCGAUGUGAAAAAUGAAGCUACGUCUAUGAUUCUAUAUGUGAUUGAUUACUUGCUUUUUCUUACAUUGUGAUUGA